AAAGAACAGUCCCGGCAGCACACUCUCACACUUGUAAAGUGCCAACCACACACUCUCAGUAUACAACUUUAUUCUAAAUGUCUACGACCAGUCGCGAAGAUGCCGUUUACUUGGCCAAGCUUGCUGAGCAAGCUGAGCGUUACGAGGGUAUGGUGGAAAGCAUGAAGAGUGUUGCCUCCAUGGACCAAGAGUUGACGGUUGAGGAGCGCAAUUUGCUCUCCGUUGCCUACAAAAACGUCAUUGGUGCUCGCCGGGCCUCUUGGCGCAUCGUCUCUUCCAUUGAGCAAAAGGAAGAGAGCAAGGGCAAUGCUACCCAGGUAGAGCUUAUCAAGGAGUACAGAAGUAAGAUUGAGAACGAGUUGGACACGAUUUGCCAUGACAUCCUUGACGUUUUGGAGAAGCACUUGAUCCCCAACGCUGCUUCCGCCGAGUCCAAGGUGUUUUAUUACAAAAUGAAGGGUGACUAUUACCGUUACCUUGCCGAGUUCUCCACCAGCGAAAAACGUCAACAAGCUGCUGACGAGUCUCUCGCUGGCUACAAGGUUGCAUCUGAGAUCGCUUUGGCUGAGCUUGCACCCACUCAUCCUAUCCGUUUGGGUCUUGCACUCAACUUCUCUGUGUUCUACUACGAAAUCCUCAACUCUCCUGACCGUGCCUGUCACUUGGCUAAGCAAGCCUUUGACGAGGCUAUUUCCGAGCUUGACAGUUUGUCGGAAGAGUCCUACAAGGAUUCCACUCUCAUUAUGCAAUUGCUUCGCGACAAUUUGACGUUGUGGACGUCAGAUGCCGAGUACAAUGCUCCUGCCGCUGCUGCCGCCCCUGCUAACGAACCCUACCAACAAGGUGCCGCUGCUGCUCCUGCCGAGGCUACCGAGCAAGAGCCUGCUGCUGCUGCCCCCACCAAUGCCUAGACUGCAUACAAAGAAAGAAAUAUUCUAACCUUCAUUAUCCCACAUCCGUUGGAUUGUUUCUCUUGUACUUGAUCGGUCUAAUGGCUCUCACCCUGUGACCCAAUGUUUCUAUUCCAUCUUUUAUUCUUUCUAGUUGAGUUUACAUUACGUCCCUCGACCGAUACGAGGAAGCGCGACGGCAAUUCAUGGUAACGCAUCACCACCACCUAUCACAACUUUACAUAGCAUCCGUACCAAAGAUGGCGGCUAAACGAUGUCUAAGAAUGGUAACGCGGUGGUGGUCUUGUGAUCGCUUAUGUCGAUACGCGCUUUGAUGCGAUCCGGCAACCCUCCGCCACUUGUUCUGCGAGGCGGGGUGCUGUCGAUCGGGGGUCGUCCGGAGUAGUAGUAGUUUUCAUCAUCACAUGCAUGGCCGUAACGAAACGAGUGGGAUGAUAGUUACUGUAUGCGAGUGAUGGAGGUCCUUCGGUGCACUGUUCGCUAUGGGUGUACCGACAGAUCCGCAAGGGUUCGUCAUAGGGGCAUUACGAAUGUGUUUACGAAAAAUAUCCUUUGCACCAAUGACACCAGCCCAUAGGAUCGCGGUGAUGUGACAGAGGAGGAGAAGAAAUAGUGAUAUUUUAUGAGAAACAGCGAAAUUUAACGAGCGUGA